AUGUAUGAUAAUCUUGGACCACAGCCUGGGUUUCCUAGGCCACCACCCAAUGCCCAGGCAAAUCCUUUUGACAGUUCGUUUUACGGUGCGAGUUCUGGAUUCAUUAGAAGUGGGCUCGGUGCUUAUGGAGAGAGAAUCUUAGGAUCCAGCUCCGAGUAUGUACAAAGCAAUAUCAGCCGGUAUUUUUCUGAUCCUCAAUACUAUUUCCAAGUUAAUGACCAUUAUGUGAAGAAUAAGUUGAAGGUUGUUCUCUUCCCAUUCCUCCACAGGGGCCAUUGGACAAGAAUCUCAGAACCAGUCGGUGGCAGGCUCUCCUACAAACCUCCUAUUUACGACAUUAAUGCACCGGACCUGUACAUACCAUUCAUGGCUUUCGGUACUUAUGUGGUUCUGGCUGGCUUGUCAUUGGGUCUUCAUGGAAAGUGA